AUUAUAAUUUAUGGGCAGAGACUUCAGAGGAGGUAGAGGAGAUACACGAGGAGGUGGUAGAGGAGGAGAUCGAGGAAGAGGAGCUCCCAGAGGCAGAGGAGCCCCAAGAGGUGGAAGAGGAGGUCGUAUGGGCGGAGCUCCAAAAGCGUUCGUAGUUCCUCAUCCAAGAUUGGCUGGAGUGUUUGUGGCUAAGGGAUAAUAAGAGGCUUUGGUUACUAAGAACAUGGUGCCAGGAGAAUCAGUUUAUAAUGAAAAGAGGAUAUCUGUUGAAGACAAACAAACAGGGGAGAAAGUAGAAUAUAGAGUUUGGAAUCCAUUCAGAUCAAAGAUAGCAGCUGGAGUAAUAGGAGGAGUGAGUGAUAUUUUCAUAAAGCCAGGAGCUAAAGUUUUAUAUUUGGGAGCUGCAUCAGGAACCACAGUUUCUCAUGUGUCAGAUAUUAUAGGAUCAGAAGGUAUAACAAAUAAAGUUUAUUGUAGGUGUCGUAUAUGCUGUAGAGUUCUCUCAUAGAUCAGGUAGAGAUCUUGUUAAUAUGGCAAAGAAGCGAACAAAUAUUGUUCCUAUUAUUGCUGAUGCUAGAAAGCCACUAGAGUACAGGAUGCUUGUUGGAAUGGUUGAUGUUGUAUUUGCUGAUGUAGCAUAACCAGAUUAAGCAAGAAUUGUGGGAUUGAACUCACAAUAUUUCUUGAAGAAGGGUGGUCAUUUUAUGAUCUCCAUCAAAGCUAAUUGCAUUGAUUCCACUAAUAGAGCUGAAGUUGUCUUUUAGCAUGAAGUGCAAAGAUUAAAAGUAUAUUAAAAUUCUUAUUAUUUUAAUAGGAUGAAGGUCUUACCCCAUAAGAAUAAUUGACUUUAGAACCAUAUGAAAGAGAUCAUGCUAUUGUUAUUGGAGUAUAUAAUGUUUGAAAAUU